UUCUCCAGUUUCCAGUUUUUCAAGGUUUUCCAUCAGGUGUUCGGUUCGUUUCCGGCCUUGCAUUGAUAUACACAAGGGGUGCAGUACUUCUUUUGAGAUCGGACCUUUGGAGUGCUUUCUCACUCAUUCUCGGGUUCAAAUAUGGGUUCCAGGGAAAAGUGAAACAAAUUGUUGGGUCAACCCUUCGGGAUUUGAAGGAGGAUGGAUCAACUCUUGUGACCAAUUUUGAAUCGGACAAGUCGGCGGCCGAGUAUGCGAAUUUAUACAAAGAAGAUGGACUUACUGGAGGUCAUGUAAUCAUGCUCGGAGCUGAUCCUUUGAGUAGAAGUGCAGCCAUUGAAGCAUUGCAUACUUAUCCUGGUGAAUUUGUCUGCUCUCUUCUGAUAUAUACUUUUCCUCUGCUGAACUUACUGCGAGGACGUGUAAAAUUAGGUGGCUUGCAAGUCGGGGGCGGGAUCAAUUCUGACAAUUCUCUGAGUUACAUAGAGGAAGGAGCUAGUCAUGUCAUUGUCACAUCAUAUGUAUUCAACGAUGGACAAAUGGAUCAUGAAAGGCUUAAAGAUCUUGCUCAUGUUGUUGGAAAGCAGAGGCUUGUCUUGGACCUUAGCUGCAGAAUGAAGGAAGGUAAAUAUGCAAUUGUUACUGAUAGAUGGCAGAAGUUCACUGAUGUAUAUCUUGAUGAGAAAAUAUUGGAGUUUCUAGCCCGCUAUGCAGAUGAGUUUCUGGUCCAUGGUGUUGAUGUUGAAGGGAAAAGGCUUGGAAUCGAUGAAAAACUUGUAACAUUGCUUGGGAAAUAUUCACCGAUUCCCGUGACUUAUGCAGGUGGUGUGAGGGAGAUGGCUGAUUUAGAAACGAUUAAAGUAGCCGGCGUGGGACGUGUGGAUGUUACCGUGGGCAGUGCUCUGGAUAUAUUUGGUGGCACCCUGGCAUACAAAGACGUCGUUGCAUGGCAUUUCCAGCAGGAGCCUUUGACAGUUUAGUUUAGUUUAGUGUUUUUUCCCUGAGCAUCUUCUAUUGUUUUGUUUGUCUAAUUUUCACUUCUAUGUUCGUUUUUCACAUCUUCAAAAGCAAUGUAUGCCAAAAGAAAAUUCAGCUUUUAACUCUUUUGUUUUUUUUGGAUAGGUAAAAAUUUAGCUGUACUCGUGAAAGAAAAAAGUCUUUGUUCUACCCGACAA